CAGCUUGUUCUUUGAGCAAUGAAUUAACAUUAUUUCGUAUAUACUCAGCAUAAUAUAAAAAGUAAAAUGGGGAAUUUUUGUACAUGCUGUGCCUGGAAGUCGCAUGACAAGCCAAUGGGUGAGACAAACACCAUGAAUUAUGGAUCGGCUGUUCCCAAUCAUGUUGACCAUAUGGGGAAAUCACAAUCAGUAUAUCAGUCUGAAUAUAUCAAGGAUGCUAUAGCUAGUUAUCGCCCUGUAGCCAAUGAUGCUCCACACAUGAAUAAGUCCCAGCCUUAUCGUCGUCUGGAUAAUCGUGUUUCCAGAGCAGUGCACAAUGGAACUGCUCCGUUAGAUAUACACGGGGGCAAAGAUUUUUCUUACCGAGCACAAGGAGACUUUGGAAUAAACAAUGAACCUUCAGACUUUAUGCUCUCUUCAAUAUAUACUCAGUCAAGCACUUCAAAUUUGCAACACAUUUCUGAAAGAGAACCAGAUGAUGCUGAAGCUGAUCCAUCUUUAAAUCCGACUAAAAGAACACUAUUUAUGCAACGUUCAAGUAAAGAUAUUGAGAAAAGAGUUCGUGAGAUUCGGACUAAAUAUGAUCGUAAUGUGAGUUUAUAUUCAUUGUCAGUAGCUUAUUUUGUCAUAUUAUCAGUCUAUUAUUGUUUUUUUUAUCAUACUCAUGGUUUUUUUUCUUUAAACUGA